CUAAAAAGGGAUACAACUAUGAGUGCAGGCGAAGGUCGAUAAAUCAAACACUCGCUCAUGUGGAGACCCAGGCACAGCACUUGCGACAAGGCCAUUCGGGGUCAAGCUCCUCUAUUUGUCUAUUCCCGCCUGUGUAGUAGAACGAAGGUUUACAGUCGCGAUGAUGUUACACACGUGACACAGAUAUCCCAGUACUCAUCACAAACCAAAAUUCCCAAAGUUCCUAAAGUCCCCAAAAGGAAACCGCCAACCAGCACUUCUUUAAAUCUUAAAGAUCUACCACAGGGGCUACUUCCUUGCGCGCCUGUCAGUGUACCAAGCCAAGAUGAAGCGCCGACGUAUCCAACCGUGGUACUCCAGGCCCAGACCAAUAUGAGAAAGUUUGAAAAUUGUGUUCUUCUUACACGCGUUGGUGGAUUUUAUGAACUCUACUUUGAGCAUGCGGAAGAAUUUGGCCCUCUCCUUAAUCUCAAGGUAGCCCAGAAAAAGACAAAUGCUGGUCCCGUGUCUAUGGCAGGUUUCCCAUUCUUUCAGCUAGACAGGUUCUUGAAGGUACUAGUUCAAGACUUGAAUCGUUAUGUUGCAAUUGCCGAGGAGUUUGCCAACGAUACAUCAACCAAAGUCAAAUCAGGAGGGCUGCUUCAUGACCGGAAGGUCGCGCGCAUUGUCACCCCAGGAACUCUGAUUGAUGAAAACUUCAUUGACCCUUUAUCAAAUAACUAUGUCCUCGCAAUCCAGCGCGGCCGCAGUGUUUCCCAGACAGAGCGGAAGGACGUAGACGAGCUAGUUGGCCUGGCAUGGUUGGAUCUUUCAACCGGCAACUUCUACACACAGUCGACAACGUUGGCAUUGUUGUCAAGUGCCAUCUCGCGAAUCGGGCCACGGGAAAUCGUACUUGAGAAGGAUCAGGAAAACUCGGCAACUGAUGGUUUACUGGCAGUGCUUAGUGACGAUCGCCACGUGAUUACAUACUGCUCAGUGGAAGAAAGGAAGCCAAUGGCUUCGUGGGGACUGAUGUUGGAGAGCAAGAUGCCUGCUGAUAUAGUGGCCAGUUUUGCAUCAGAAGAAGUUGAUGCUGGAAGUCUGCUGUUGGAGUAUGUUGGCACUCGCCUACAGGGCUUGAGUCUGAAGCUUCAGCCUCCCAUUCAAUACCGUUCACAGGAGAUCAUGGCCAUAGACAGAAACAGUCUACGGGGCCUUGAGAUAAUGGAGAACUAUAGGGAUGGCAACUAUGUUGGGAGCCUGCUUCAUGCACUGCGAAAAACAGUCACAAAGAGCGGCUCUCGACUACUGAAAGAGUGGCUUGGUGCUCCCUCGACAUCACUUCAGGUGAUAAACGACCGGUUAGAUCUUGUAGCCCACAUACUUGGAGAUACAGCCCUCCGAGAGCGACUGAUGACCCUGCUUCGACGUUGUCAUGACUCUCAACGCCUAGUCCAGAAGUUCGCUCUAGGAAGAGGAAAUGCAGAUGACCUUUUAGCUUUGUCAACUACUAUAUCGGCAACGCAAGAACUGGCGUCAACGAUACGAGCGACGCUACAGGAAGGGCCAGGCUUCCCGGAAUCAUCCCCACCAGAGUCCUUAUCACGGCUUCUUUCACGCAUUGAGCUCGAUGGCCCGCUUGCUCUAGCAAGCAAAAUCAGAAAUGCGAUCGAUGAAGAAGGCGUUGUGCAGCAACAUAGAAUAGAGGAUGAAGAAGCAGGAACGAUUAUGGAAAUGGCGGAACAGAUUGCGACAUCCGAAGGCUCUACGGACGAUAUUGCAGCAAUAAAGCGAGGCCGGGGCAAGAAAACGACAAAAAGCAUACGCGAGCACUAUAGUGAGGACACUCAAGUGUGGAUUAUGAAACCUCUGGCAAGUGCAUCGUUGAAGAGGUUGCAUGCAGACCUGCUGAGCCUUGACGAGGACAAGGCAAAGUUGCAUGACAAUCUUCAGCGAGAACUUGACGCAACAACCCUCGCGCUUCGUUGGACACCUGGCUUGGGCCAUAUAUGUCAUGUGAAGGGAAAAGAUGCCAAACGUAUGGCAGAAAUGAGAAGUGUCAGCUCUAGCAAAAGCACCAAGUCAUUCCACCACCCAGAGUGGACAGAUUUGGGCCGAAGAAUAGACCAAGUCCGACUUCAGAUACGCGCCGAGGAACAGAGGGUUUUCCAAAAGCUUCGUGAAGAGGUCAUCAAGAUUUUGGUCAAGCUGCGCCGCAACGCCACUGUCCUGGACGAGCUAGAUGUCGCCUGCUCGUUUGCGACGCAUGCAAAUGAUCAAGGCCUCGUCCGCCCUGUUUUGAAUAACACUACCGCCCACAAAGUUAUGGGGGGCCGCCACCCCACGGUCCAGGUUGGUCUACAGCAGCAAGGGCGAAGCUUCGUCACAAAUGACUGCCUUGUUGGCGACGAAGACCGCGUCUGGAUCAUAACAGGACCAAACAUGGGUGGGAAGAGCACAUUUCUUCGUCAGAAUGCAUUGAUCACAAUAAUGGCUCAGGUUGGCUCCUUCGUACCAGCCGAAUACGCAGAAAUCGGUAUUGUAGACCAAAUUUUCAGCCGCGUUGGUUCUGCCGAUGAUUUGUACCGCAACCAGUCGACAUUUAUGGUGGAGAUGAUGGAGACGGCCACAAUAUUGAAGCACGCCACAGAGCGUAGCUUCGUUAUAAUGGAUGAAAUUGGACGCGGAACCACACCAGAAGACGGCAUUGCCGUGGCAUUUGCAUGCCUCCAUCAUUUAUACCACGUUAACAAAUGUCGUACAUUGUUUGCGACACAUUUCCAUGCAGUAGGGGAUAUGUCACGUCAUAUGGAGAACGUAGGCUACUGGUGCACAGAUGUUGCUGAGGAUCAAAACGGGGGGUUCAGUUACAUGCAUAAGUUGAAGAGAGGGGUCAAUAGGAAGAGUCAUUCUUUGAAGGUAGCUAGGUUGGCAGGUUUACCGGAGGCUGCAAUUGACAUCGCACAAAAGGUGUUGGAUGGGGAACCUAGAAAGUAGUUAGCAAAUGCCAAGUAACUUAUAAUAGUUUUAACAAUGGUUGGAUGUGUUCACAUCAUAAAUAAGUUGUUGUAUGGG